AUGAAGCUCCGGAAACAGGCAAUAGAACGCAUCUAUCCCGUCUUUGCAGGAGCGGCAGCUGUUUUGGUCAUUGACAAGGCCUUGACUUCUGCUGAAAGUGCCUAUAUGGCCAUCACGGAAGCUCUUGCAAUGGUCGCAUCCUCACAGUGGAUGACGCGUUGUUGGACGUUGGCAGAAGCGGCGCUGGGCAUGAAGUCAGGUCUGAUAUUCUGCCUGGGGAACAGCAUAAUUCGCUACAGGGACUUCAAGCUCGACGGGGAUGGCAACAAAGCAUACAAAUUGCUCGACUUGCCUUCUAAAAGCUUCUUUAGAGACUUUUUGCAACGUGCGUUUGUCCUGUUCCAUGUCGCAUGGUUGGCUUCACAGCCACUGCUUUCGGAUUUUGAAUCAUUUAUCUUGGUAUGGAACUCACUGACAGCUCGAUCAACAUCGUGGCCAGAUGAUGUCUGGGGCAUCAUGGCUACCCUCCUUGGGUUUAGCGGUAAGGAGAUCAUGCGAAAGAUGGCUGGAUAUUUUGGUGGUGAUCCUAACAUGAUGAUUUUCUCCAGUCCGCCCACAUUUUCGGCACCCAUAUUACUGGCUGUCCACUUUAUCGGGGGCCCACAGUUCAGGACUCGUAAUUGCUGUGCUCUCAUUGAUUCAGUUAGAUAG